AUGGAUACAUUUCCCUCACAUAAUGGCACAGAGCCGACUGAGUUUAUUCUGCUGGGACUUACCAGUCAGCAAGAGCUGCAGCCCAUCCUUUUUAUGGUGUUUCUCCUGAUUUAUCUCAUCACCCUGACUGGGAACUUUGGGAUGAUUCUGUUAAUCAGAUUCACGCCCCAGCUGCACACCCCCAUGUACUUUUUCCUCACCCAUUUAGCAUGUGUAGACAUUUUUUACUCUACAAAUGUCUCUCCUCAGAUGCUCGUUAACUUCUUAUCAGAGAAAAAAACUAUUUCCUACGUGGGGUGCCUAGCACAAUGUUUUGUUUUUGUGACUCUGCUUCUUACUGAGUAUUACAUGCUUGGUGCUAUGGCCUAUGACAGGUACAUGGCAAUCUGCAAUCCCCUGCAUUACAAGAGAAGGAUGUCCAGGUCCCAGUGCAUCUGCCUGGUCACUUUCCCCUACCUCUGGGGUUCUAUGGUGGGCACAAUGCAGGUAAUAUUGACUUCCCACUUGUCCUUUUGUGGAUCCAACACCAUCAACCAUUUCUACUGUGCUGAACCACCCCUCUUAAUGUUGACAUGUUCUGACACUUACAUAAAGCAAACUGCCUUGUUUGUGUCCACAGGGAUUAAUCUCACAGGUUCCCUACUCAUUAUCCUCAUCUCCUACGUUUUCAUUUUCAUCACCAUUAUGAGGAUCCGUUCCAGCAAAGGGCAGCGCAAAGCCUUCUCCACCUGUGGCUCCCACCUGACAGCUGUUACUAUGUUCUAUGGGUCCCUGACUUGCAUGUAUCUGAGACCAGCAAACAAGCAAUCUGUAGAACAAGGGAAAAUCGUGUCAGUGAUUUGCAUUUUUGUGAAUCCCAUGCUAAAUCCAUUUAUCUAUAGCCUCAGGAACAAUGAUGUGAAACAGGCUUUAAGAAGAAUAUUUAUGAAAAACCUUGUUGCAAUGAAGAAGAGUUCUCUUUUGACAGUUUCCCAGUAA